GUCUACCCACGGAUAGCGCCGGCAUUUUGGCACUACCUGCGGGUAGAAGAGCAUGAGCAGCUCAGCUAUUCCUCCACACGGUCCAAGGCUCCAAGUGUUAUCAUCACAGGUCUCAAGCCAGCCACCAAGUACAUAUUUCAUAUCAGAGUCAGGACGGCAGCAGGAUACAGCGGAUAUAGCCAGAAGUUUGAAUUUGAAACUGGAGAUGAAACUUCUGAUAUGGCUGCGGAGCAGGGGCAGAUUCUUGUAAUUGCCACUGCUGCUGUUGGUGGAUUCACUCUCCUGGUCAUCCUCACUUUGUUCUUCCUGAUCACCGGGAGAUGCCAGUGGUACAUAAAGGCCAAAAUGAAAUCUGAAGAGAAAAGAAGGGCUCAUUUGCAAAAUGGACAUUUACGUUUCCCAGGAAUCAAAACAUAUAUUGAUCCAGACACGUAUGAAGACCCAUCUCUUGCUGUCCAUGAGUUUGCAAAGGAGAUAGAUCCUUCAAGGAUUCGUAUUGAGAGAGUUAUUGGGGCAGGUGAGUUUGGAGAAGUAUGCAGCGGACGUCUGAAGACACCAGGAAAAAGAGAGAUACCUGUUGCAAUUAAAACUCUAAAAGGUGGCUAUGUGGAGAGGCAGCGAAGAGAUUUCCUGAGAGAGGCUAGUAUCAUGGGACAAUUUGAUCACCCAAAUAUAAUUCGCCUUGAAGGAGUUGUUACAAAAAGAUCCUUUCCGACCAUUGGGGUGAAGUCUCUUUCGAGAUUCCUGAGGGCGGGAUUUUUAAAUAGCAUCCUGACCUCACAUCCAGUGUCAGGGGGUGGAUCUUUACCCCCCAGCAUUUCCUCUG